GUGCACUGUACGUAUAUAAAUAUCAACGAUUGAAACCAAUCAAUCAUUGUCUCAUGGCUUGUUAAGCGGUGACCGUAGUCACAGUCAUUGGAACGUGAUCGAGUUCAACGUGUCUGAUUUUUGCUGGUCAUUGGAGAGACGAAAGAACAAAAUGAAGAGCUGUUGCCGAUUAAUAAUCAUUGUUGUCGUGAGUAUCAACUGCUGUCGUCAAGCUGGUGUUGCUGGCCAGUCUGUCAGCCGACUGGGCGGGAUCGUUCGUCAGCAAACAUUCCAAUCGUGGUGGAAAGAGAAGACGGUUGAACUGGAAGAAAACGAGUUGGACGAAAGCGAUCAAUUGAACUUGAUCCAGCAGUGGCUUCAUGAUUUAGUGGUUAGGCUGGUGUCCUCCUCGUACCCGACGGCCGUGGCCAGCAACAUCAGCCACCAAUGCCAGGUGGAUAGUAUCCAUUACGUCCACAAUCUCUACCGGCGUUCCUGGGCUAUGCAGAUGAAGGAAUCUUCCGGCAAAGUCCCAAUCGGACUGUACGGAUCGGGCAAUUUUCACGCCGACGGGUUGUUCGAUGAAUGCCUGGCCGUCCGCGGUCCCAAUUUCACCGGUCAGUACUGCACGGCCUAUUUCAAAGCGGCUCCAGUUAUGCAAUCGGACAUCAUUGAUCCUCAAGUGCCUACCAAUAAUGAAGAACGGAGCGCUAACUUGGUGACGUUGUUACAAUUGCUGGGCGCCCUGUCGCCUUCGGCGGGGCGUGUCGAACCCAAAGUGGCAAAGGCUGACGUACUCGCCUACGCUUUUCCUAGCAUCAGUUUCUGUUUGCCAUCGUCUUGCAGCGCUGAUGACCUGGGCCAGGCCGUUGCGGAGCUUGUUGGUAGUUACAUCAUCGCUAAUUACUCGCUCGUGACCGUGACGGACGAAGUGUACUGCUUUACAGAUGACGAAGAUCCGCCCUCUUUCGAUGGACCCGACAUUACCGUCAUAGUUGUAUUGAGCUCAUUGGGAUUGCUGGUUGUCAUGGCAACCGUUCACGAUGCGUGGAGGAUGAUACUGAACGAGCCUUUCGAUUCCAAGAAAGACGGCCAUGUUAUUAACGUUUUACACUGUUUCUCAGCAUUAACUAAUGGAAGACGAUUGCUGUCGAUGAAAAGCACGAAAUCACCUUCGAAUUUGGCUUGCGUUCACGGCAUACGAGUCCUGUCCACCUGCUGGGUGGUCAUCGGACAUUCGUGGAUCAUUGGCCCAGCUUCUAAUUCGAUGAAUCCAAGCAUGGUCAAUGACGAUGCGAUGACGUGGUGGUUCCAGGGCAUUUCAAAUGCCACAAUUUCGGUUGACACCUUCUUGCUGGUGGGCGGUCUGCUCGUCUGCUAUCUUUUGCUGGCCGAACUGGAUCGCAACAAGGGCAAAUUCAACAUCGGUUUCUUCUAUCUCCAUCGAUAUCUCCGAUUGACGCCAGUGUACGCCAUUGUUCUCGGAUUCGUCGCUACGUUGAUCGUGUACACGGGGACGGGGCCCAAUUGGUACAACGUUCAAUUAUCUGCUUACGGAUGUCGCAUCAACUGGUGGUGGCAUCUCCUCUACAUCAACAAUCUCUUCCCGACCGACAUCAACGUCCAGUGCAUGGAACAGACGUGGUACCUGGCACUGGACAUGCAGCUGUUCAUCCUCUCGCCGCUGUUCAUCUACAUGUUGUGGCGUCGCAAAAAUAUCGGCCUGGCACUACUUGCUUUCGUCUUUCUAGGCACGAUCGGUGCCAACUUCGCCAUCUUUGCCGUGUUCGAUUUGAUGCCGACCAUCAUGCCCACCCGAACAUUCGAUACGCUGGCAAUGGGAUUGGAUGCUGAUUAUUACUACACUAAACCGUGGACUAGAGCUCCACCUUACAUCGUUGGAGUGUGGCUCGGUUGGUUCUUGCACGUGACGAAAGAAUCACAGAAACGCACGUCCAAGAUAAUAUUGGUGAUAUUUUGGACAUUAUCGUCUGCUAUCAUCCUGGCAGUCAUCUACGGAUUGGUUCCAUAUUUAGACGAGAACAAAGUGCCCACCAUCGAUCCGGCCAUCAGCUUAUGUUACGGUUCAUUACACAGAGCAGCCUGGGCUAUCGCCGUGGGCUGGAUCGUGUACGCUUGCACGCGUGGUUAUGGCGGCUUCAUCAAUCGAUUGCUGUCCUGGAAAGGAUUCCUACCUCUAAGUCGAUUGAGUUAUUGCGUUUAUCUCAUUCACUAUUCGUAUUUGGACGCGUUCUACGCCUCCAAUCGCAAACUCGUUUACUACACAUUCCUCAGCCAAUUGACGACCUAUUUCGGGAUUUUGGCCACUGUCUUCGGGCUGGCAUUUGUGGUCUCCAUCACGGUGGAGGCUUCUUUCCUAAACCUGGAGAAACUCGUCUUCGCUCCGUUUUAUCCACCUAAACCGAGAGAAUCAGAAGUUGUGCAGCAACACUCGUCUAGACGCAUCGACUGGAAAAGCAAAUCGUUUAAUAAAUACUAAAUUUCGCAACGGAUUAUUAUUAGAACAAAUACGUUACACACGUCCGUUGGUGAAUAAUAUACAAAUUCUAUA